CUCUUAAGCCACUAAUCAUGAUAUGAUUAAAUAAUUUCAUGUGGCUAGGGUUAAUCCAUAUAUUACUAUAUAAAACCUCUCUUUUAUUUUUGUAUAUCACUAUAAGUUUUUUUAAAAACUAUGGGAAAAGUUCAUCCUCAAGCCCUAGGUUCUUCUACUACUUGCAAUUUCACUUCCAAGCAAGAAACUUUCACCCUAUGGAUGAAAUCUCUUGUGUUGAAUGGAAAAGGAUGCACAGUCUUUGAUUCUAAUGGUCAAGUUGCUUAUAGAGUUGAUAACUAUAACUCCAAUAAUAGAGAUCAAGUUCAUCUCAUGGAUCAAAGAGGAAAUACUUUGUUUACUAUACUUAAAAAGCAAUAUAAACUCUCGAGGUUUUGGGAGGGUUACAAACUUCCGGCGACAAGGAACGACCAGAAAGGACCGUGCUUUCGGGUUGGCAAAACCUAUAGUAUCAUUAGAUGGGAUUCAAAUUAUGAAGUUGAACUUGGAUUAGACAAAAACCAACCAUAUAACUAUAAAAUUGAGAGUAGCUCAUGUAAGCCAGCUUGCAAAAUAUUUGAUAAGCUUGGAGUGAUAGUUGCUGAGCUAAGGAGAAAGAAGUCAACAUGUGGAAUUGAUUUAGGAGAUGAUGUUUUCACAAUGGUGGUUGAACCAAAUAUUGAUCUUUCUCAAAUUAUGGGAGUUGUUGUAGCUUAUAGUCUUAUUAAAAGUAAAAUGUAAUUAAGUGUACACAACAAUGGUGGUUUGAAUCUUGUGGAAGUCAUUUUGGUUUACAAAUUUAAGGUUUGGAAAUGGCUAAAGCACUUUUCUUGUGUUUGAAGUAAAACAUUUUUUUGUAUUAGGCUAAAGCACCUUUUUGUAGUACUUUUUUUUACAGAACUUUUCUGUAAUAUAUCUAUAGAAACUACUUAUGUAUUUAGCCGGCUAAA